GUGAUUAGUCGACAUGAUUGCCGUCCAGAAUUACAAGUCCUCGGUACGGAACAAGAGGCAGUUGUGGCAGAAGGUUCAAUGGGGCGUCCUGCUGACCCUCAUGGUCCUGAUUUACGGGUCUCAUGCUCCGCUUAUCUCGGUGACCAAAGUUAACGGUCUCGUUCCCUUUAACGCUUCAUCGUGUGUUAUCUUGAUCGAGUCAGCCAAACUCCUCAUCUCACUGAUCACUUUGGUGCUCACUGAUGGAGCGGCAGCCUUGCGUGCUCCUCCGUCUCUCUUGCUUGUGGCUCCGUACGCCAUCCCAGCCGUCCUUUAUGCCCUGAACAAUAAUCUGGUCGUCCACAUGCAGGCGUACAUGGACCCCAGCUCCUUCCAAGUCCUGAGCAACCUCAAAAUUGCCUCCACCGCACUGCUGUAUUCCCUCUGUCUGAGCAAAACGCUCCGAAAAGGUCAGUGGGUGGCUCUGGGACUCCUCAUGUGCGCGGGAGUGUGUCAGAGCUACACCAGCCUGGACACAGAAGGAGGAGAAGCUGAUGGAUCCAGCCUGUACAUCACAGUUUGGGGACUUCUUCUAGUCUUUGUCUACUGCUCUGUGUCAGGACUGGCAGCUGUUUAUACCGAAAAGAUCUUGAAGAGUCAGAAGCUUCCUCUGAGUCUGCAGAAUCUUUACCUCUAUGUGUUCGGUGUUGUCAUCAACGGCAUGUUGCUGCUCCCCGCCCUGGCCACUGAAAGCAGUUUUUUGGAUGGAUUCUCCUCUGCAGUUUGGGCCAUUGUUAUUGGACAGACUGCGAACGGAUUACUGAUGUCGGUGGUGCUGAAGCACGGCAGCGGUAUCACCAGACUCUUUGUCAUUUCCUGCUCCAUGCUUGUCAACGCUCUGCUCUCCUGGGCUUUUUUAGGGCUGCAGCUCAGCUUGUUUUUCCUCCUGCCUGUUUCUCUGGUGGGACUGGCUGCCUACCUCUACUAUAGAUAGCGCCGAUCAUGUAAUAUGCAUAUUCAAUGCCUUCAUUUGCCUUUAAAGAAAAUGACUCGCCUGAUAAAGCAAGGGAGUGUGAGGGUUGCGAGUUCUGUUUUUGAGCAACACCAGCUGAGAAAUGUGUCAGUGAAAACUCCUCCAGUUUCAGUGCAGCUUCAAACUCAGGAUGUGGGAAACAAUGCUUUUUAUUAUUCAUAAUUCAAUUAUUUUCAGUAUGUAUUGAUAGAAAAGCUUCAAGGGAGUUAGUUGUCUGCCUACAAUUGUUUUCCAUUUCUUUUAUUAAUAUUAAUGUUGCUGUGCAGCAUUGUGUGUUCAAACAUCCUGCAGUGGUCAUACGAUUAUGAUAUGGAGUACAUAACGUGUAAUUCCCAAAAAUAUAUCUGAAUAUAAGGCUGUGAAAGCUGUUACUGUUAAUAUUGAGAAAAGAUUAAAAACCUUAAGUGCAGUUCAUGUUGUCUGUUUU